UAUAGGUUAUAUCAGGUUUUGUAUUACGUGAAACAUAAGCGUGUAGUUUAAAUUUAAACUUCAAAAUGCAUAUUAUAAUAUUUUCUAAAUGACAGUACAAUCAAUAUGACAUUUUUCAAUUUCACUGCAUUUAGAAGAACACGAUUAGCGUUUAAAUUUAAGAAAUCGAAUAAAAUAUUGUUAUCAAUUGUUAAAUCGAAAACACAACAUUAUGUUUGUAACAGAGAAUCACAUACGACACCGCAAAGUGGUCUAUUGGAUGUGUUAUUUUUUGGUACAGAUGAAUUUUCGGUUGAAAGUUUAAAAGUCUUGUAUAAUAAGUACGAGUCUAAAGUUUUACGACGAUUGGAAGUUGUUACUGUAAAUAAAGGAAAAGAAAAUGUAGUGAUGAGUUAUGCAAAAAAGAAUAAAAUUAUUGUAAAUAACUGGCCACCUAAGCUCAAUGCAUCUGAAUUUCAUAUUGGGAUAGUUGUGUCAUUUGGUCAUAUGAUUCCAUCGAGUAUUAUAAAUUCAUUCCCAUUGGGUAUGUUAAAUGUUCAUGCUAGCUUAUUACCAAGAUGGAGAGGAGCAGCACCAAUAGUUUAUUCAAUAAUGAAUGGAGAAGUGCAAACAGGAAUUACAAUAAUGAAGAUUAUGCCAAAAAAAUUUGAUGUAGGAGAAAUAGUGUUACAAGAAAAAAUUAAUAUUGGUGAACAUGAAACAUUACCAGAACUAUAUGCUAGAUUAGCAAAGCUUGGAGCAACUCUUUUAGUAAACGUACUUGAAAAUUUACCACAAAUAUUGCAAUCUGCAAGACCUCAAGAUGAAGAAAAUGUCACAUAUGCACCAAAAAUAACAUCAAAAAUAGCUGUAAUUAAGUGGAAUGAAAUGUCUGCAAGAAAUAUUUAUGACUUACAUCGCGCCCUUUUAGGAGUGUAUCCAAUUACUGCAACAUUUCAGAACGCAAAAAUAAAGUUACAUGAUGUCAAAGAGAUAAAAGAAUCAAUUCCAUCAACACUUGAAGGAGAAAUGCCAGGGGUUGUAAUAUAUGAUAAGAAAAGUGAUGCAUUAAUUAUAAAAUGUAAAGGAGGAAACUGUAUUUCUGUAAAGAAAGUUGUCAUGAAAGGUAGAUCUCCUAUGUCUGCACGUGACUUUUAUAAUGGUUUUAUGGCUAGCAGAAAUAAAAGAAAAGAAUUCUUUGUUUGAAUUUUUGUACGAUAUUUACACGUUGAUCGAGAUCAUGCGAAUCCUGAAGCAACGAAUGUUGAAAUCCUGAAUAUACAUUUAAAACAUAAAUGAUCGCAAUCUGCGCAAUGCCAGGAGUAGCCUCUUCUUUUGGGCGACUUUUUAACUGGUGGAUCAAGACAGGUGAAGUGGUAGCAUUUUUUACAUUCAUCACACCUGGGACGUGAAAAGUGAUAAUGUCAUGAAUACAGAAUAUGUUUAAAACAUCUAUAUAUUUAAUAUAUUUAUAUAAACUGACAUGACGAGAUUUUGACUGGUGCCAGGCGUAUCACAGACAUUGCAAUGAGUUAGAAGGUGCAGCAUUUGAAAUUAAAGGUUGUAUCGACGGAACGGGUAGAGCAGGCGGCGGAAGUGGCAGUUUAGGUAGUGGCGGAGAUGUGAUUUCAGUACUGGUAGAUGUGGCUACAAACAUCUGCGGACUUGAUUCAGAAGCAACUUCACCCUCUGGCCUUGGUAUUGGUUUUAUCUGUUUAAUGAAAUAAAUUGGUGUAAAAAAAAAAAAGAUAUAUCAAUAUACUUUUGUUUGUAUCGUAAUAAAAAUGUACCUUUAUCGUUA